AUGUUCCCCACUCAUGUACGAGCAAAAUCAGGAUUGCUGCCGUAUAUUAACAAUAUCCGCUUCUACAACGAUUUAGGCCAUCCCAUCUGUAGAAAUCUGCGUAGUGGCCUGUGGUUGCCUCAUUUCCUUGCUCAAAGAAUCAAACAUCGCACUUUCAAUCUAAGCGUAUUGUCACGUUUUAUUGAAGUCCUGUUCAAGCCGCUGGAUGACGUCCCUUACGAUUUGAGGCCCUGUUAUUUUGAAGCUUUGUUUUCGCUUCUGCAUGAAACCACGGUGGAGCAACUAAUGAACAAACUGAAUCCAAAUCUGCGUAGUGGCCUGUGGUUGCCUCGUUUCCUUGCUCAAAGAAUCAAACAUCGCACUUUCCGUCUAAGCGUAUUGUCACGUUUUAUUGAAGUCCUGUUCAAGCCGCUGGAAGACGUCCCUUACGAUUUGAGGCCCUGUUAUUUUGAAGCUUUGUUUUCGCUUCUGCAUGAAACCACGGUGGAGCAACUAAUGAACAAACUGAAUCCGGCAUUUAAUAGAGCUUCUGUUUUCGUGAAGACGUUGGCGCUGUCGUCAGUAGCACUUCUUGGAGCGGUCCAAAGUGCCAAAUUAGCACUGCUACCGGAGACCUACAAGUUCGAGGACAAAUUGCCGACGUCUUUAGCUGCUGGCUUGCCUCAUUUUUCGGUGGGCAUAUGGAGGAACUGGGGACGCGACACAUUCAUUGCUUUACCCGGAUGCUGUCUUAUCACUGGUCGAUUCUUUGAAGCACGGUACUUUCUUCUGUCUUAA